AUGCGAGUCCCUACUUAUUCAAUCCUCUACUUUGGUCUAGCUGCCAGCAGCCAGUUCGACCCCAGAAGCUACGCCACCGAGGAUGUUAUAGUUCGGGAUGUGGCUGUUAUCGGUGGUGGCUCUUCAGGUACAUACGGUGCAGUCAACCUUCAACGUCUAGGAAAGAGCGUGGUAUUAGUUGAGAAAGAGGCCUACCUAGGCGGACACGUCAAUUCAUAUACGGAUCCCGCUACUAGAACGAGCCUUGACUAUGGGGUGCAGACGUUCUGGAACAUCACGACUACUCACGAUUACUUCGAGUAUCUCGACAUUCCCGUCAGUGUAUGGACAGUUGAUAACCUCACCAACGUCUAUGCGGACUUCACGAGAGGAGAUGCUUUAAACAUCUCCGUUGGCGAGGAUUAUACGGUGUACGUGGAACAGCUCAACAAAUAUCCAUACAUAGAAUGGAGUUGGGACCUCCCCAACCCCGUACCUUCGGAUCUCUUACUUCCAUUCUCAGAGUUCGUUGAGAAAUACAGCCAACAAGACCUUGCAUAUAGCGUUUAUUUUAACGCUCAAGGAACUACCAACUUCUUGAAUCAAUUGACUGUCAAUGUUUUCAAGUACGUGGAUGGCUCCUUUUUGGAUGCCCUAUCUGGCGGAGAUGUGGUAACUUCCGACCACAACAAUUGGGGAAUAUUUGCCAAAGCUUUGGCUCUACUGGGUUCGGACGUCCUUCUUUCAUCGACCGUUGUCUCUGCUCAGCGCUCAACAAAUGGUACCGGUGUGAGCCUCGUGGUACAGACUCCUACAGGAAACAAAUUGAUUCAAGCAUCACAACUGCUCAUCAGUAUUCCGCCACUGCUUGAGAACAUGCAACCAUUCAACCUGAGCACAGAAGAGUCCGAUUUAUUUUCGCAGUGGGAUUACGGCGCAUAUUAUACCAUGCUUAUCAACAAUACUGGUUUACCAGCCGGAUACCGUUUCAUUAAUGCCGUAGCCGAUUUCACGACAGACUUCAACAUCCCCACGCUUCCAGCACCCUACCAAGUUACCGAAUCACGCGUUACAGGUCUCUUCUACGUUUGGUAUGCGAGUCCAUAUGUGCAAACCCAAGCCGAGGUGGAAGCGGCGGUAUCAGAGGUAGUCCAGCGACUACAGGUUACAGCUAAUGGAAACUCGACUACUACCCACGCGCCGACCUUUGUGGAGUUCCGCAGUCACACGCCUUUUAAGCUAGUUGUCUCAGCCGAUGUUAUAGAAGAUGGGUUCUAUAGCAAGUUGGAGGCGUUGCAGGGUCAGCAGAAUACUUGGUAUACUGGUGCGGCCUUUCUUUCGCACAGCUCGGGGAUUCUUUGGAACUUCACGGCCUCAUUGUUACCGGAGAUUAUUUCCGCUAUUGAGAGUUCCUAG